AUGGAGGCGGGAGGAGAGCGAUUUCUUAGACAAAGGCAAGUCUUGCUUCUCUUUGUUUUUCUGGGAGGGUCUCUGGCUGGGUCCGAGUCAAGACGCUAUUCUGUGGCUGAGGAAAAAGAGAGGGGCUUUUUAAUAGCCAACCUAGCAAAGGAUCUGGGACUCAGGGUAGAGGAACUGGCCGCGAGGGGGGCCCAAGUUGUGUCCAAAGGGAACAAACAGCAUUUUCAGCUCAGUCAUCAGACAGGUGAUUUGCUCCUGAAUGAGAAAUUGGACCGGGAGGAGCUAUGCGGCCCCACAGAACCAUGCAUACUGCAUUUUCAGAUAUUACUGCAAAACCCUUUGCAGUUCGUUACAAACGAGCUCCGUAUCAUAGAUGUAAAUGACCAUUCUCCGGUAUUCUUUGAAAAUGAAAUGCAUCUGAAAAUCCUAGAAAGCACUCUGCCAGGAACAGUAAUUCCUUUGGGAAAUGCUGAGGACUUGGAUGUGGGAAGAAACAGCCUCCAAAACUACACUAUCACUCCGAAUUCCCACUUCCACGUACUCACUCGCAGUCGUAGGGACGGAAGGAAGUACCCGGAACUAGUACUGGAUAAAGCGCUCGAUCGGGAGGAGCAGCCGGAACUCAGCUUAACGCUCACCGCGCUGGACGGCGGCUCUCCCCCUCGGUCUGGGACCGCCCAGAUAAACAUCCAGGUCUUAGAUAUAAACGACAAUGCACCAGAAUUUGCACAGCCGCUCUAUGAGGUUGCAGUUCUAGAGAAUACCCCCGUUUACUCUGUCAUUGUCACUGUCUCGGCUUCUGACUUAGAUACAGGAAGUUUUGGGACAAUAUCAUAUGCAUUUUUUCAUGCUUCUGAAGAAAUUCGCAAAACUUUUCAGCUAAAUCCAAUUACUGGUGAUAUGCAACUGGUCAAAUAUUUGAAUUUUGAAGCGAUUAAUAGUUAUGAAGUCGACAUCGAGGCCAAGGAUGGCGGAGGCCUAUCCGGAAAGUCUACAGUCAUAGUCCAGGUGGUUGAUGUCAACGACAACCCACCGGAACUGACCUUGUCUUCAGUAAACAGCCCUAUUCCUGAGAACUCGGGAGAGACUGUACUGGCUGUUUUCAGUGUUUCUGAUCUAGACUCUGGAGACAACGGAAGAGUGAUGUGUUCCAUUGAGAACAAUCUCCCCUUCUUCCUGAAACCAUCUGUAGAGAAUUUUUACACCCUAGUGUCAGAAGGCGCGCUGGACAGAGAGACCAGAUCCGAGUACAACAUUACCAUCACCAUCACUGACUUGGGGACACCCAGGCUGAAAACCAAGUACAACAUAACCGUGCUGGUCUCCGACGUCAAUGACAACGCCCCCGCCUUCACCCAAACCUCCUACACCCUGUUCGUCCGCGAGAACAACAGCCCCGCCCUGCACAUCGGCAGUGUCAGCGCCACAGACAGAGACUCGGGCACCAACGCCCAGGUCACCUACUCGCUGCUGCCGCCCCAGGACCCGCACCUGCCCCUCUCUUCCCUGGUCUCCAUCAACGCGGACAACGGCCACCUGUUUGCCCUCAGGUCGCUGGACUACGAGGCCCUGCAGGCUUUCGAGUUCCGCGUGGGCGCCACAGACCGCGGGUCCCCGGCUUUGAGCAGCGAGGCGCUGGUGCGCGUGCUGGUGCUGGACGCCAACGACAACUCGCCCUUCGUGUUGUACCCGCUGCAGAACGGCUCCGCGCCCUGCACCGAGCUGGUGCCCCGGGCGGCCGAGCCGGGCUACCUGGUGACCAAGGUGGUGGCGGUGGACGGCGACUCGGGCCAGAACGCCUGGCUGUCUUACCAGCUGCUCAAGGCCACGGAGCCCGGGCUGUUCGGCGUGUGGGCGCACAAUGGCGAGGUGCGCACCGCCAGGCUGCUGAGCGAGCGCGACGCGGCCAAGCACAAGCUGGCGGUGCUGGUGAAGGACAAUGGCGAGCCUCCGCGCUCGGCCACCGCCACGCUGCACGUGCUCCUGGUGGACGGCUUCUCCCAGCCCUACCUGCCGCUCCCGGAGGCGGCACCGGCCCAGGCCCAGGCCGACUUGCUCACCGUCUACCUGGUGGUGGCAUUGGCCUCGGUGUCUUCGCUCUUCCUCUUCUCGGUGCUCCUGUUCGUGGCGGUGCGGCUGUGCAGGAGGAGCAGGGCGGCCUCGGUGGGUCGCUGCUCAGUGCCCGAGGGCCCCUUUCCAGGGCAUCUGGUGGACGUGAGCGGCACCGGGACCCUGUCCCAGAGCUACCAAUACGAGGUGUGUCUGACUGGAGGCUCCGGGACAAAUGAGUUCAAGUUCCUGAAGCCAAUUAUCCCCAACUUCGUUGCUCAGGGUGCAGAGAGGGUUAGCGAGGCAAAUCCCAGUUUCAGGAAGAGCUUUGAAUUCAGUUAAGUGUUAAUAAGGAUCUACUGAGCCUCGUCUUAGUUAAUCUGUGGAAAGUCCUUUUUUACUGCUUUGCCCAUUGGAGAGGUGUUUUUUGGUCUGGUUCAAGGCAAGUAGCAAGAAUAGAGCAAAAUAUCAAAUCCAGGGAUGGCUUAGGUUUCAUUAACAGUACUGGAAAGUAGUUGUGUGUCUCUGAAUGUUUUGUAUUUCAAUCAAGAAUCCUUAGUCGAUAGAACAUUUUGUUUAUAUAUUGAUUCUACUUUUUCUGUAGUUAAUCCUUGCAUAUUCUCCUUUCACCCUGGCUUGCCAACGCAGUCUUAAUUCCGCCUUUUUUUUUCUAAUGGGGAGCAAAAAGAAAUUCACUGUCUUUUAAUAGUGAUUUCAAAUAGCUUAUUAAAAUAACUCCAUUCAAAUUUUACAUUAUAAAGCAAUGUAGAGAGAGUUCCAAACCACCAAUUUUAUAAUUUCCCUUGUUGAAUAUAUUCAUAUAAUGUAUUCUAUAGUAUGCCCAAAGCAGCUUUGUCUAUGGUUAACAAAGUUUUAAGGAUAGACAAGAAUGUGUUUUCUUUAAUAAAUAGUAAUAUAUCAUCUUUUUAGGGAUAUAGUACUCAAAUGAAAGUAAUUUAGUUCAUUUUCUGUGUUGACAUUUGCAAUUAAUAUUUCAAUAUUUUAUGUGCUUAUAUUGGCCAAAAUAUGGACACAAAUAUAGACUAAUAUGGGUAAUUACCCUUUGGUUUAUCUAAAGUGUGUUCAUGAUGACUGAGGAAAAAAAUUAAACCUAUGCCAUUU